AUGAUGAAUUACAUCAAACAACGUUUGUCAUUAGGAGAUCUUUCCGAUGAUUGCAACAGUCAAAUCAACAAUACACCGAAAACAUCGGUUCUUUCGAUAUCAGAAUCGAAGUUUCCUUCAGCUAAGAAAUCGAAAAUAUUGUUUAUCAUUGAUGAACCUUAUGUCGACUGGAAAAAAUAUUUCAAAGGCAGAAAAAUUUUUGCCGAUUACGACAUUCGAAUUGAACAGGCGACUUUUAAAGAAAUCAACUUAUCUGCGUAUUCAAAUGGUGGAAUACUGAUCAAUGUCACUGCGUAUCGAAAAGGAAUACCUAUUGUUCGAUCAUUCCAUCCGGAUUUCGUCCUCGUUCGACAGUAUGUCAAAGACGUGAAUGUUAAUUGGAUCAGUAUUAUUCUCGGCAUGCAGUAUGGAGCGGUACCAAGUGUUAAUUCAAUGAAAGCUCUAUAUAACUUUCAAGAUAAACCUUGGAUUUAUGCAGAAUUACGGCAAAUUCAGCGACGACUCGGCGAAGAACAGUUUCCAUUGAUUAAUCAAGCUUAUUAUCCAAAUUAUCGCAAAAUGUUUAUUUCACCACCACAUCCAUCCGUGAUUAAAAUUGGACAAGCACAUCAAGGCUUAGGAAAAAUUUUGGUCAAAAACACGGCGGACUAUCAUAAAAUAAUGAGCAUCAUUGAAAUGAGUCAAUGCUAUUCAACAAUUGAACCAUAUAUCUCUGGUCGAUGUGAUAUUUUAUUACAGAAGAUCGGUCAACAUUACAAAGCAUUAAGACGAAGAUCAUUAUCGAAUAAUUGGAAAGCGAAUAUCGGUUCGUGUAUUAUCGAAGAAAUUCCAUUGACCGAAAGGUAUCGUUUAUGGCUUGACGAAGUCAGUCAACUAUUUGGCGGACUGGAUCUAUGUGCGAUUGAAUUAGUUCAAGCAAAUGAUGGAAGAGAAUAUAUCAUUCAGGUGAAUGAUUGUACGAUGCAAUUGAUCGGCGAAGAUCAAGAAACUGAUCAUCAACGAAUUGCUGAUUUAAUCUUACAUAAAAUGGAAAUCUUCUGUCGACCGAACGAACAAAUGACGCUUUUAACGCGAGCACCAAGUUUGAUUCAAUUGCCUAUAUUUUUAUCGGAUUAUGAACAAAAGCACUUUUCAAAUGAACAUGUUCGUUGGCGGUCACAUCGAAAACAUAAGAUCAACCGUCUAAGUAGCUUCAGACAAGCAGUUUCGAACUUAUUCAAUCAAAUAAUGACCUGA